UGCAGCUCCCCGCCUCAGCGCCCUGGCUGUAAGAGGAAGAGGUCAGUGGCGUUCAGAGAGGAGGAGGAGGAGGGCGAGCCGGCCACUGAGGCCCAGGACACCUGGGUCGUGGACUGGCUGAUUGGGCUCAAGAUGAAACUCAAGCGACAGCGGGUGUCUUCAGUGCUGCCUGAGCACCACGAGGUCUUCAACAGGAUGCUCGAGGAUCCCGUCAUUAGGAAAUUCCUCGCCUGGGACAAAAACCUGCAAGUAUCUGACAAGUACCUCCUGUCGAUGGUGAUAGCUUAUUUCAGCCGGGCCGGGCUCUUCUCCUGGCAAUUCCAGAGAAUCCAUUUCUUUAUAGCUCUCUAUGUGGCCAACGACAUGGAAGAGGACAACCAGGCCCCCAAACAGGCCAUCUUUUCGUUCCUCUAUGGAAAGAACCGCUCCCAGCGCCCCUUGUUCCACAAACUGCGUCUCCAGUUCAUCCGUUCCAUGGGCUGGAACGCUAGGGUCACUCGGGAAGAGUGCGAGCAGAUCCAGGCUUUUGAUCCAGAGCUCUGGGUGUGGGGAAGAGAUCGCGCCCUCUUGCCCUAG